AAAUGUAAUCACAUAAUAGACAUAGAAGGAGCAGCCAGCUGGCCUCUGGGGAGUUGGCCAACUUAAAGGACAAGAAUGGGGGAGGUUUUGCCCAGCAGAGAAGGAUAUUUGGGGAAAGGGAAGUAAAAAGCCUGAAGGUCUGAAAGAACAUAGCUUGUUACUCGGGAGAAGUUGGGCGUAGCCCGGAGAGGGCAAAUGAGGCUUUAUUGUGAAUGGCUUUAUUUGCCAUAAUAUUAAGUUACAGAAUUUAUUUUGUGGCAGUCACUGCUAAGGGCUCUACCUGUAUUUUUUGCAAACAAACCCUGGGAGCUAGGCAUCAUUAUCCUCAUUUUGCAGAUGAAGAAAGUGACAGGUCCCUUAACUUGCUCAAAGCUACCUAGCUAGUGGUAGUACCUGAAUCUGAGACCCUGGGCUUUAACCCAUGUGUUACUGUUGAUCAGUAUAGCAACUGCUUUAAGGCAUCAUAAAUACACUGUUACUGUGUAAAAUAAAGUCUGCAGUUAACAACAAUACAGAGAAGGUUUCAUUUUAUUUUAUUUUAUUUUUGUCUUAUUCUGCAUUGCCUAUUUGAAGAGACUGGUUUUUCCAGCAGUCAGUGGUGGAGCACGACUGCUGGGUCAUACGCCCAGGUUUUGCACGUUGGUUUGUGGGGUGCAGGCACUGACUGACUAGUGCUAAGACGUAAUGUGCUUUUGAUGGAGUUUCCUUUGCCUGGGUGUUUUUGGGGUUUUUGGAAAUGUGGAAUCUUAAGAGGAAGAAAACAUAUUAUUUAUAGAGCUGGAAAAUGUUCUGCUUAUUCUCAAUCCUUUAUUGACAUAGUGGUUACUCUGCUGUUUUGGUUGGCGGUGUGAUUCUCUUAGUUUAAGCAAAAAUUUCUUUUGUCAACAGGUAGAUUACUAAUAAGGAUAUUUUACUCACCAAGAAAUUCCUAGGAACCCUUUUUCUGGACACAUCAGACUUCACAAAAUGUUUCUGUUUUUCUUUAGUUCCUGUUGCUUCCCUCUUCUUGCAGUAUCCACUAGCAGCAUGGUGGUUGUUCUGUAGGUAGUGAUGUUACCACUUCACCAUUUGGUCCUCUCUCCUCUGCGUCAGUUAACUUCCCAUCUAAUAUUUUGUUCUGUGAACUAUUCCAGGAAUGAUUAUCAAGCUCUCGUCCUCCACUUAAAGUAGCAAGGCAUGCUAGCAUUUUCUGUUUAGGACUGAAGAAAUGCCUGCAAUUCAGGAAGUGUGGCAACCUUAUAAGUAGUGGGAAAGUUAGAGGAUGUAAACUUGGGUGAUUCGCAUAACUUCAGUAGACCUCAGUUUCCUCAUUUAUAAACGAGGAGGCAGUCUAGAGCCUUUAGAUGCGGCCUCUAAGGGUCCCUUGGAUGAGGUGUAAAGUUCAUGUUCUUAGGGAACUUCACCACUAGUACUUGGCUGCCUUUAAUAGGUCUUAAUGCUCCUAUAAAUUUAACUAUAUUAUCCCUUUUGCCCAUUUAUGAUUUAUUAAUAGCUUUAAUGAAUUGUGAAUGACAGUUUAAUUAGAUCAUCCAUGUAUAAUUAGGGCAACCGGGUUUUUUUCCCUAAGAGGAUAUAUUUUUCAUCCGUGAGUAUGUAACUUACCUCUAACCUAGGUAAUUAAGCAUUUUAAGGCAUUUUCCAAAAUAAGAAGGCUUUUUCUGUUUUCCUAAUAAACACUUUAUUGAAAAGCCACAUGCAUAAAAUAAUGGAGGGCCGUUUUGGCCUAGGUUUUGCAUGUAAUCAUAACCCAGACAGACACAACCUGAGGCAGUACAUUUAGUUUAGUGGUAACAAAGCAGUGUGGAAUUUAAGAAAUCUCUCUCUCUCUUUUUUUUUUUAAACUACUUAUUUUCUUACUUUUUGAGUAAAGCAACUUUAUAGCUACUUCAUAUCUGUUUCGAGUGCUACAUUUUCAAAGCUGGCAAAUAGAUUUUUAAAGUGUUAUCUCUUUUGUGAAGGUGCCACAUUAAACACUUAAAGAAGAAAAUCAGCCUUAUCUGAUGGUUGAUCCCCAAUUAAUAGCCCAAGAACCAAUUUGUAUUUGGCUUUGCGAUGUGUUUUUCUACUUACAUUUGAGUAUGGGUGUGCCUGAUAUUCUCGGAAUUUACAAUACUUCAAACAAAUAAGGAAGUUGCACUGUGAAGACAGACUCAGAAGGAACUGGAAAGCUGACAGACCUUUGUGCUUCCCCAGCCGCCUUGCUGAAUUCUCUGGGGUGGGUUGAGACCCCUGGUGUUCUUGGAUGGGACAGCCCACAUGAGCAGAGUGGCUCUCCCUUGUUUCCUUUGCUCUCUUUGGAUUUAUAUCCUUCCAGAACUAGCUGUUUCGUAAAGUAUUUAGACUCUGAAUACCUGAAUUAUUCAGAUCUUCUUGUCACUCCAGUCACAAACAGGUAAUUAUGGAAUCACAGCUGCUUUAAAGAGGCAGUGUGUCAUCUUGUGUUCACUGAAUAUUUUACUGUACUUUACACAGUUAAUUUCACACUGGGCAAGCUAAGUUAGUGUCAAAGUGGCAGACCAGAUUUCUCUUGCGUUACAAUGAGUGACAGAGGUUGGAGCAAUGCCUCAGUGGAAGAAAUGGUGGUUCACAGAGUUAUGUGAGGGGUCCCAUGAACUUCCACCUACUCCCAAACAUAUUUUCUAUUGGUCCUGACCAGAGGGGCCUCAGAGAUUGCUGAAUGGGUCCUGAGGUCAAGGACUAUGAGGAAUAUAUGUGGUGGGGUGUUGAUUGAUUUUCUACUUUUUGGUACUGCUUUACUUGGAUUAACUAAUGGAAAACUCAGAGCUGAGCUGUAAACUAGGUGGUGGUAUUUGCAGAUGAGGAAGCGGGCUUAGAGAGGACAGGGACAGGAGAGAGUGGCAAGAGUACGUUUAUCAAGCAGAUGAGAAUCAUCCAUGGGUCAGGAUACUCUGAUGAAGAUAAAAGGGGCUUCACCAAGCUGGUGUAUCAGAACAUCUUCACGGCCAUGCAGGCCAUGAUCAGAGCCAUGGACACACUCAAGAUCCCAUACAAGUAUGAGCACAAUAAGGCUCAUGCACAAUUAGUUCGAGAAGUUGAUGUGGAGAAGGUGUCUGCUUUUGAGAAUCCAUAUGUAGAUGCAAUAAAGAGUUUAUGGAAUGAUCCUGGAAUCCAGGAAUGCUAUGAUAGACGACGAGAAUAUCAAUUAUCUGACUCUACCAAAUACUAUCUUAAUGACUUGGACCGCGUAGCUGACCCUGCCUACCUGCCUACGCAACAAGAUGUGCUUAGAGUUCGAGUCCCCACCACAGGGAUCAUCGAAUACCCCUUUGACUUACAAAGUGUCAUUUUCAGAAUGGUCGAUGUAGGGGGCCAAAGGUCAGAGAGAAGAAAAUGGAUACACUGCUUUGAAAAUGUCACCUCUAUCAUGUUUCUAGUAGCGCUUAGUGAAUAUGAUCAAGUUCUCGUGGAGUCAGACAAUGAGAACCGAAUGGAGGAAAGCAAGGCUCUCUUUAGAACAAUUAUCACAUAUCCCUGGUUCCAGAACUCCUCGGUUAUUCUGUUCUUAAACAAGAAAGAUCUUCUAGAGGAGAAAAUCAUGUAUUCCCAUCUAGUCGACUACUUCCCAGAAUAUGAUGGACCCCAGAGAGAUGCCCAGGCAGCCCGAGAAUUCAUUCUGAAGAUGUUCGUGGACCUGAACCCAGACAGUGACAAAAUUAUCUACUCCCACUUCACGUGCGCCACAGACACCGAGAAUAUCCGCUUUGUCUUUGCUGCCGUCAAGGACACCAUCCUCCAGUUGAACCUGAAGGAGUACAAUCUGGUCUAAUUGUGCCUCCUAGACACCCGCCCUUCCCUUCCCUGGUGGGCUAUUGAAGAUACACAAGAGGGACUGUAUUUCUGUGGAAAACAAUUUGCAUAAUACUAAUUUAUUGCCGUCCUGGACUCUGUGUGAGCGUGUCCACAGAGUUUGUAGUAAAUAUUAUGAUUUUAUUUAAACUAUUCAGAGGAAAAACAGAGGAUGCUGAAGUACAGUCCCAGCACAUUUCCUCUCUAUCUUUUUUUUAGGCAAAACCUUGUGACUCAGUGUAUUUUAAAUUCUCAGUCAUGCACUCACAAAGAUAAGACUUGUUUCUCUCUCUCUCUCUUUUUCUUUUCUAUGGAGCAAAACAAAGCUGAUUUCCCCUUUUUUUUCCCCCUCUAAUUCAUACCUCCCUCCUGAUGUUUUUCCCAGGUUACAAUGGCCUUUAUCCUAGUUCCAUUCUUGGUCAAGUUUUUCUCUCAAAUGAUACAGUCAGGACACAUCGUUCGAUUUAAGCCAUCAUCAGCUUAAUUUAAGUUUGUAGUUUUUGCUGAAGGAUUACAUGUAUUAAUACUUAUGGUUUUAAAUGUGUUGCUUUGGAUACACACAUAGUUUCUUUUUUAAUAGAAUAUACUGUCUUGUCUCACUUUGGACUGGGACAGUGGAUGCCCAUCUAACAGUUAAGUGUCAUUUCUUUUAGAUGUUUACCUUCAGCCAUAGCUUGAUUGCUCAGAGAAAUAUGCAGAAGGCAGGAUCAGAGACACACAGGAGUCCUUUCUUUUGAAAUGCCACGUGCCAUUGUCUUUCCUCCCUUCUUUGCUUCUUUUUCUUACCCUCUCUUUCAAUUGCAGAUGCCAAAAAAGAUGCCAACAGACACUACAUUACCCUAAUGGCUGCUACCCAGGACCUUUUUAUAGGUUGUUCUUAAUUUUUUUGUUGUUGUUGUUCAAGCUUUUCCUUUCUUUUUUUUCUUAGUGUUUGGGCCACAAUUUUAAAAUGACUUUUAUUAUGGGUAUGUGUUGCCAAAGCUGGCUUUUUGUCAAAUAAAAUGAAUACGAACUUAAAAAAUAAAAGCUGGUAUCUUAAAAUGUAAGAGAGUAAGACUGUGAAGCCUAAAAUGACUGGCUGAGAAUGAACCAGAAAUGCCAUUUGCCAAACAGUUGUAACUAGAAAUUUGAUUCUCACGGUCCAUUCUUUUCUUUGUCCUUAAGAUGACAUUGUUAGUGUUCACGUCCCAUGUUCAGUGUCCAAACCGGCAAUGUAAAAAGUAUCCUGUGUGGUUUAACAGGAAAUCUGUUUAUGCCUCUUUAUUUGAAACCAGUUUUACUCUCAGUGGUUCUUUAAGUUCAAUGAAGUCUGCCAGGAACAUUGGUUGGUAGUAUUAUUCCGACACCUUUAAUUUCCAAAAUCUGAAGUUCCUGCUAGUUUACCACCUUCAAGAUCUUCUUGAACUGGUAACUGAUUAGGUUGAACUUAUGGAAGAUUUGUGGACUUAACUCAAAAGUAACCUCUCAGUGUUCUAUAGAACAUGUAUUUGUGUAACUGAACCUACCAGGAGAAAUGUUUGGAAUUCUAUAUGUGCAAUUUUUCAACAAAUGCAAAAAAAAUACAGCACAUGUAUUGACAAGCUUCUGUCAAGCAGCUUGAGUUGAAAUUUGAUUUAAGAAAAUGAAUCAUGAUUGUUCAAAGCUGCUGGGACGUUAGAAUUAGGCCAUGAUACUGGUCUCAUUUUAACUAUAGUGGUAUUUGGCACUAGUCUAAACUUCCAUAUAAAUCACUCUUUUGGAACAACAAAGGGGGAGGGAGAAAAAUCACGGCCUGUUAAAUGAGUACCAAAGCCACCCAACAGUAAUGAGAUGUUCUCAUCCUUGAUCCUCCCAGCCUCAAACAACACAGGUUACUUUUUUUUUUUCCCUUGCUCAGAAAGCACCUGUAAUUUAACAAACAGACUGCCUGUAGGUAUAGUGCAAUUACAAAUGCUCUAAUCAUUGUACAUACAUCUCUCUUGAUAUUGCAGCAUCCAUACUGGCUUUGUAAUCAUUAAUUUUUUGGCAGAUUGAAUGUGCUGUAUUGAUAUGUAUCUAUGUAAUUGUAUUGUAUGUCUAUAGCUAAUUCACAUUUUGAAUAAUGUUAUUUUAUUUACUUUUUUAAGAGAGGAGAAUGUAAAUUUGUCAGUUUAUUUCUGACUAGGGAUAUUUUCUUUCCAUUUAGAAAAGAAGAAAAAAAAAAAAACCUUACUGUCGUACAGAGCGGUACUAGCGUCGUGCUGUAUAAAAUCAUUUGCACAUUCCUGAGUAGAGGUAUACUGAUUAUAAGACCCAAAGGUAAUUUCAUAGCAAAAUACAUAAAAUCAGUCAGAGCUUUUAUACAAACAUGGAAACCAACUUUGUAGAACUUUUGCCAUUUGAUCUAGGAUUGGAAUAUGAGCUUUUAUACAAUUCAUAUUCUUAUUUGGCAAAUGCACAGUUUAGUAUUACCUCUCUGAUGGCCUUUACUAGAAAGGCAGUUUUAGAAGCUAUUGUGAUCCACUAAGGAAAUGUUUUAACAGCUAGAGACCACUGCUUGCCUGAAAGGGCGUUCUUAAAUUUGGUGCAGCAAAAAAAAAAAAAAAAAAAAAAAAAAAUUAAACAACAACAUUUGAAGGCCUACAGUGUGUAUAGAGAAAACCUCAUCACGAGAUCAUAAGUGUUACAGUUUUAGGGAAUCAAGAUAUUCUAUUUAAUAGAGCUAUAGUAGAUGUAGUCAAUUAAACCUGAUCUCAAAGCUUGAAGAAGCUGAGCAAAACAGGGAAAGAUUGUUAUAUUUGUCUUUAUGAAAUUGGGAUGGAAUUUGCUAUGCAGAAUUGAGGUUUGUGGCUUCACUGUUCCUGUAGGGUGCAUGACAAGAUCCCUUCUCUUGAGAAAGGAAAAAAUUGAUCACCCUAGCAGCAGUGAUGCAUAGAAACCUAAUUUUAGCCACACCAGUCAAUCGAAGCUAAAGGAUUUUCUUUUUUGUUUCUUCGGGGUUUUAUUGAAGGGGCUAGGGGCGGGACGGGAUUCUUUUCAGUUUUGUAUAAAAACAAAGUUUACUCAUGCUUUAUAUUAUAUUGUGAUUGCAAGCGUUAUAAGCGUGUGCCACUGGCCUCCUAUUGUUGAUGCUUAGGUAAUGGAGGCCUGUGGUGAGUUUUAUGGUGACUUGGGCAUGUCUUAUUCAAAAACAAAAACAUAAAACACAGAAACCUUUCUUCAGCAUACCAAGGCAAGCAGCCAUUUCAUGACUCACUUAACACAUUGCAGUGUACCAGUUUACAGAUGAUUUUUCCCUUUUUGCGUGACAUGGCAGUUCUAACCCCCAGAGAAUUCCUUAUUUGUAAAUUGGAAGUUUCUACUAUGCCUUACAGAGCUUAAAUUCAGAAGUUUGUGCCUCAUAUCUGAAACAAAGGGAAAUAACACACCCAUUCAAAAGUAAAUAAAUCUCUAGAAGUUUUUGUUUUUAACAUUUCCAUAUAAAGAGCUCUGUUGAAUGUCAUGAAUAGACUGGAAAAAAAAAUUUUAAGAACCUGCAUAUGUUGUUUACUAGCAGAUGACAACUACAAAAGGAAUUUGAAGAACACGUAAAACUUGUAUUUUUUUUUUUUUUUUUUGGUAGAUUAACUAGCAGGCCUAUUUUAAAAAGGUAAUUCAGCUAAAGGGCAAUUUACUUUUUUGUACUUCAGACUAUCUUGAUUGUCAAAGUGUACGAACUGUAAUUUUAAAAUUUAUACUGCCACAUGAUUGUAAAUUUUAGUUGUCUUAAGUUAGGAAUUGGUGAAAAGCUAUUUAUGCUGGAUUUGGGUCAAAAUGACUUAUUUGCAAAAAAAAAUAAAUAAAUAAUGGGAAGAAAGGGCUGUAUAAUGAAAUACUGCAAGACUCACAUAUUGGUUGGAAAUUUCCCUCAAAUCACCUACCGAUUACCCUUGAUUUCCCUUUGUUUUCAGUUUCUCAAAACGAAUGAAAUGAAAUAUAGCAGAAUGUUAACCCAUAUAAAAAUAAAGUGUACCCAAAUAUUGUAAUGUAUAUUGCUGCUCUUCUUCAAAUUAAAUAAGGGUUUAAAACCACUUAAUUGGUAAUCAACAUCUCAAUUGAUACAAAUAAGGUGUGCUUGGUAUACAUUAAUAUUUUCUUCCAAAGAUAUAUCUUUGGUUAGAAACACAAAAAAAUAAAACUAGUAAUAUUGUAUGUUUAUCUAUCUCUACAUAUUUCCAGCAUAUGUAGCGUUAAUAGAUCUGUCCUGGUAACUGUGUCUUUGGGAUUUCAUUUUGGUUCCAUCAAAUUAGGAAAAGAAAUGGCUUAGUUGUAUAUGAUUAGCUAGAGAUUUUUGGAGCCAGACACCUGCUGUUUAGUAGAUAACUUAGUACAGACCCUAAACUUGUCAUUUGUUUUUCUCACAGAAUAGCCAUUUCCUGCUGUCUUCCCAAUGAUCACUGCCCUUUCAAUAACACUCUUGCCUCUAGAAUAUGUUCAAAGUAUGAAUACACACCUAGCACAUAGUAGGUGCUCAAAUAUUAAUUUCCUCCUUGCCUUCCUUAUCUACCCUGUGUCCUCCAUUUCCCUGUAUGAUUCCAACCCAAUAUAGCAAAUGACAUUUACAUGUUAUGAAAACAUCUAUUGGGUAAAAUCAGAUCUUGGAUAAAGAAAUUCUGACUUUUAUAUAAGCUUUUGGUAGACAGAAAAAACAGGAAGGUAUUCGUUGGUAGAACAUUUUUAAGUUCAGGAAAGAAAGCUGGAAUAAUACUAUGUAACUUUGUCCAGGUUACUUUGACUGAAACACGUUUUUGGUGGAUUUCUUUUCCUCAAAGAACUCUCUAAAUGCAACUCCUUGCUGGAUUCCUCACCCAUCAUCCUGUUGGAAACCCUUACUUAGACCUAUGUAUUUAGGGAGUUUUGUCAGAAAACAUUUUUAACUUGCAGUAUUUAAAAGAAUAUUUACUGUUCCUAAAAUGUCAUUCAAAUGCAUGUAUUGUCUAUUGUUUGGGGAUGGGAACUAGUUUUGCAAAAAACACCUAAUGUUGUAUAAUAAUGCCCCAAUGAUCUUGCUGGUUAAAAAUACAGUAUUUUUGGCCAUAA